UGAAAAAUUCCAAAAAGGGGAGGGGAAGGAAGAAGAAAAGUAUAUUGAUGUAGUCAUCAAUAAAAAUAUGAAGUUGGGACAAAAAGUUUUGAUUCCAGUAAAACAAUUCCCUAAGUUCAACUUUGUGGGAAAACUGUUGGGUCCACGUGGAAAUUCUCUAAAACGUUUACAGGAAGAAACACUGACCAAAAUGUCUAUUUUGGGAAAAGGUUCUAUGAGGGACAAGACAAAGGAGGAAGAAUUGAGAAAAAGUGGAGAGGCAAAGUACUUCCACCUAAAUGAUGACCUGCAUGUUUUAAUUGAAGUGUUUGCUCCACCGGCAGAAGCAUAUGCCAGAAUGGGACAUGCACUGGAAGAAAUCAAGAAGUUCCUCAUCCCUGACUACAACGAUGAAAUCAGACAGGCACAACUUCAGGAAUUAACAUAUUUAAAUGGUGGUUCAGAAAACGCAGAAGUUCCAGUAGUUCGUGGAAAACCAUCUAUUCGAGCAAGAGGAGUACCAGUUCCUGCUUUGUCCAGGGGCCGUGGAGGAGUGCCUCCACCUGCGGCAGGAGUACCGAGAGGGGCACCAGCACCUAGAGGAGUGCCUCCCAGUAGAGGACCAGUCAGUCGUAGCCGAGGACUUCUGGCACCCAGAACAAGAGGAGUACCUCCACCUGCAGGCUACCGGCCCCUUCCACCACCUCCAGCCCAGGAGACGUACGGUGAAUACGAGUAUGAUGACGGUUAUGGAACUGCUUAUGAUGAGCAAAGCUACGAUUCCUAUGAUAACAGCUAUAGCACUCAAGCACAAAG